GAAAUUCAAUCUCUCCAAUUGAAAUUUCCUUCCCCCAAACACCCAAAAAACAGAAAUGGGAGAUUUCUCAAUCCCAAUCUGUACGAAUCCCCAUACAACUGUGGGCCCAUCUUUUUCUCCAGCUGAUGACCCCCUCAACUGGGGUGCAUCAAUCGAGCCACUCAGAUGCAGCCAUCUGGACCAAGUCAAACAGAUGGUGGCCGAAUUUCAUUCCCCAAGGAUAGAGCUGGCGGGGUCCGGACUAACGGUGGGCCGUGUGGCAGCAAUCGCACGAUCAGCAAACAUCCACGUCGAUCUCGCCGUUGAAAACCGUCCAUCCGUCGAUGCAAGCAGCCAAUGGGUGACAGACAGCACAUCCAAGGGUGUAGAUAGCUACGGCGUGACCACUGGAUUCGGCGCGACAUCCCACCGAAGAACCGACCAGCCCGGUGCACUGCAGAAGGAGCUAAUCCGGUUCCUCAACGCUGGCAUUUUUGAAAAAACCGAGCAAUUGCCCGUAUCCGCCACACGUGCCGUCAUGCUGGUACGUGCCAACACUCUACUACAAGGCUACUCUGGCAUCCGAUGGGAGAUCCUUGAAGCGAUCAUCGGGCUUCUGAACGGUCGGAUCACACCGAUCCUCCCGCUUCGUGGAACAAUUACUGCGUCCGGCGAUCUUGUACCGUUGUCAUACAUCGCAGGGCUGUUAACUGGCAGACCGAAUGCGAAAGCCGUCCUGCCAGAUGGCACCAUCGUAGAUGCUGACGACAGCCUAAGGCGAGCUGGCGUCACAAGUGGGCCAUUUGAAUUGCAAGCAAAGGAAGGGCUGGCGCUUGUCAAUGGCACCGCCGUUGGAUCGGGGCUUGCAUCCAUCGUGCUGUAUGAUGUAAACAUCCUCGCCAUCCUCGCCGUCGUUCUAUCAGCAAUCUUCUGUGAGGUGAUGAACGGGAAGCCGGAAUUUGCUGAUCGUCUGACACACCAGCUGAAACACCAUCCUGGUCAGAUAGAAGCUGCUGCAAUCAUGGCCCACCUUCUGGAAGGAAGCUCUUACAUGAAAGCAGCUCAGAAGCUUCGUGAAAUGAACCCACUUCAGAAACCCAAGCCAGACAGAUAUGCACUGAGGACUUCUCCUCAAUGGCUUGGUCCCCACAUUGAAGUGAUCAGAUCAGCUACACAAUCCAUCCAGCGAGAAAUCAAUUCCGUCAACGACAAUCCGCUUAUUGAUGUCUCCAGGAACAUUGCCUUGUAUGGUGGAAACUUCCAGGGGACGCCGAUCGGUGUGUCCAUGGAUAAUACUAGGCUGUCAAUCGCAGCGAUCGGGAAGCUCAUGUUCGCGCAGUUCUCCGAGCUCGUCAAUGACAACUACAACAAUGGUUUGCCGUCGAAUCUUACUGGUGGGCCGGAUCCAAGCUUGGAUUAUGGAUUGAAAGGCGCGGAGGUCGCCAUGGCGGCUUACACAUCAGAGCUCCAGUUCUUGGCUAAUCCAGUCACAAGCCAUGUCCAGAGCGCAGAGCAGAAUAAUCAGGAUGUGAAUUCUCUUGGCAUGAUAUCAGCGCAGAGAACGGCGGAGUCCGUUGAGAUACUGAAACUCAUGUCGGCUACGUAUAUUGUCGGUCUGUGUCAAGCCAUUGAUCUCAGGCACGUUGAGGAUAAUCUGAAGCAGACAGUGAAGAAAGUGGUGGGUGAGGCAGCAAAGCAGGCACUAGCGAUUGGGACCCACGACGAGUUUCUUGAAUCAAGGUUCUAUAAGGAGCUGAUCAGAGUAGUUGAAUCUGAGCAUGUUUUCACGUACAUUGACAAUCCAUGCAGCAUGACCUAUCCGUUGAUGCAGAACCUGAGGCAGGUGAUGAUGGAGCAGGCCAUGGAGGAUCGAGAGAAGGAUGGUGGGACUUCAAUUCUCCAGAGGAUUGUCGUGUUUGAAGAAGAGCUGAAGGCCCAUCUCCCCAAAGAAGUCGAAUCCACCCGAAAUGCAGUUGAUGCUGGGAUUCCUUCCAUACCCAACAAGAUCAAGGAGUGCCGAUCAUACCCACUGUACCAGUUUGUACGAUCGGAGCUGAAGACAUCUCUCCUCUCGGGUGCAAAGAUUCAGUCGCCAGGAGAGGAUUUUGAAAAGGUGUUUGUCGCGAUCAGUGACGGGAAGCUCAUCGAUCCACUGCUGGCCUGUUUGGACGGAUGGGAUGGCACUCCAAUCGCAAUUUGCUGAUCGAAAUUGGAUUUGGUUUUCUUCGAUUCCUUGAUCCGAUGUAGAAGCUACUUUAGCCAACCAAUCUGCUAUGCCCCCGGGUUGCCCAUGCCGGAUUUGAGAGAUUCCAUCAAUCGACGGUCAAAAAUGCUUUUUAAUUAUUUUUUUUUACUAUUUGUUUAUAGUAUGUUUUAAUUAGAUCGUCACUCUUGAUCCUUUGAGAUUUAGGAGUCGUGUCCAACAUGAAAAUGGCUUAGAAAAAUUAUGAGAAUAGCAUGGUUUGCCUAAAUUGGAGAUGUACUAUUUUUGGCUAAAAACCAUGAAUUCUAGUAGAAAUCAUGACCAUCUAUAAAUAAUAAGUUUAUUAUUUUUAGUUAGUGAUGUUUUUAGGGAGUUUGAGCUGGAGUUUGAUUUUAAAAUUUCUUCCUGUAUUUGAAAUUACUAUUUAAAAGGUUGUAAUUUCUUAUUAUCAUCAAUUAAUCUACUUUCGAAUUUAUUUCUAUUUUCUACUUCUCCUCGUGGAUUCGAGGAAUCUCUGUGAGGAGUCCAAAGAUGAUCCAUGGAUUUG